GAGGCGCCAUUUUGCGCUGCCGCCGCUGCCUGCAGGACGGGUCCGGAGGCAGGAAGGUGGCCGCUGCCCGUGACUCGCGUCCCCGUUCGCUGAGCGCAGCAACUAGCACCCCGCCGCCAUGAGCGACGUGGAGGAGAAUAACUUCGAGGGGAGGGAGUCUCGCUCCCAGUCAAAAUCUCCAGCUGGGAGUCCUGCUCGUGUAAAAUCGGAGAGCAGGUCAGGAUCUCGUAGUCCAUCGAGGGCUUCCAAACAUUCUGAAUCGCACUCCCGGUCAAGGUCAAAAUCCAGGUCCAGAUCAAGAAGACAUUCUCACAGACGUUACACUCGCUCCAGGUCCCAUUCUCAUUCUCAUUCCCAUAGGAGACGAUCUCGAAGCAGAUCGUACACACCCGAAUAUCGUCGCCGAAGGAGCCGCAGUCAUUCUCCAAUGUCUAACCGAAGAAGGCACACUGGCAGCAGAAUUGGGCGACCACACCCUGCACGCAAUAUUCAAGAUGUGGGCAUACAAAGGAUUUAUAUAGAGGCUAAUCCAGAUCCUAACACAUGCCUCGGAGUGUUUGGCCUCAGUUUGUAUACCACUGAGCGAGACUUGCGUGAAGUCUUUUCCCGUUACGGACCUUUGAGUGGCGUCAAUGUGGUUUAUGAUCAGCGGACUGGACGAUCAAGAGGAUUCGCUUUUGUUUAUUUUGAGAGAAUAGACGAUUCUAAAGAGGCGAUGGAACAUGCAAAUGGCAUGGAACUGGACGGCAGGAGGAUCCGCGUGGAUUACUCCAUCACCAAGAGAGCGCACACCCCCACCCCGGGCAUCUACAUGGGCAGGCCAACCCACAGUGGAGGAGGAGGUGGAGGUGGUGGUGGUGGAGGAGGAGGAGCAGGUCGUCGUCGUGAUUCCUAUUAUGAUAGGGGAUAUGAUAGAGGAUAUGACAGAUAUGAAGAAUAUGACUACCGGUACAGGAGACGAUCACCUUCACCUUAUUAUAGCCGAUAUCGAUCACGGUCAAGAUCCCGCUCCUAUAGCCCAAGACGCUACUGAAGAACGGAAGAAUUACAGUUGUGGACCUGAUUUUUAAAUAAAGUUCUGCCCUUAGUUUCCCUUUGGUCUCCCCCUCCUUUCCCCUCAAAUCUCUCUUAUAAGACCUUUGGUUCAUGUAGAAGAUACAUAUUUUCAGUUGAAGUAUUGCUGUUUUCCACCCCCUUUUAUUGUAAUACUCUUAAAAUCGUAAUUGUUGUAGUUUUGUGUAGUUAAACAUCUUAAGCAAAACUAAAUAGAAAUCCCAAAGUGUUAUUACAUUUUGUAAGUCAUUCCGUUUUUGUUUUUAAAACAAUUGUACUCCUGGCUAAUCUAAUGAGGAGAAGAGAGCAUUGAUGUUUUUUAAAGCUUGCAUGUUGUGUGUAAUAUACACACUCAGCUACUUUAAUAUAAACCUGUGUUUCCAAAAAAAAACUUGUUAAUCUUUCUGUUAAUGCUUGGUUGUUAAUUUUGAAAAAUAAGCAACAUCUCUGAACCUUUUCUGUAAUGGCAAAUUUCACUAGAUAGUCAUGAACCUGACGGGUUUUUUUGGUUAAAUUGCUUUGAGUGUAGAAAUAUUAGAGCUAUAGCAAAUUUUCAUAUUUGGUUUAACUUCUUUGGAAAAACAGAUUCUUAUACACUGAAGAUUGUGUUUUAUAGAUGAAAAGUUUCUAGACUGCUACACAAUGGAUAACAUUUGAAGUUAAAACCAUACAAAUCUAACUGAUUUUUUUUAAUUGAACUCAAAGUAGUGUUUCCCCUUAAUCAGUGCAGGAGAAAAAAUAUUUAUUGAACAUAGCAAUUAGUUAUAUAAUUUGCUGUUCAUACAAACUCAUGUUGGUAUUGCAAUGAUGGUUAAGGAAGUUCUAGUUUCCAGUCCUUUUGAAGUUGCUGGUAUGGAUAGAAAAAUUACAGUUACAUAUAAACCUCUUCUUCCUCAAAAUAAAGUUAAUUACA